UUACACUUUGAAUAAUUAUCGUGCGACAUGAAGAAUAUUAUUUAUAUUGAAGUAGCUAUGUUUUCUAAAGAUUGUCACAGCUGUAUAAGAUCUUCUCAAUACUUAUUUUUUUAAUUAUAUUUCCGUCUUGUACUUCUCAAAAUGAUAUCUGACAUGAUAUCUGAAGCUCGAUCAAGUAUUUAUCGUACAAAGUUUAAAUGAUUUCUAAAUAUAAAUGUCUCGUAAUAUAAAUGUCUCAAAGAUAAUUGCAGUGAUUCUGUUAAGAACAGUAGAUCAGUAGAUGAAGUUUUAAAAGUUUUAUUCGAUAUAAUCUUACUAGCUGUAGUUAAAAUUUUAAAAUGAAAAUUAUUUUCUAAACGUAAGUGUACUCUAUAUGUGAGAUUUAUAAAAAUUAAUAAAAUUCUUUAACAAUUUAAAAAUAUUAGAAAAUAGCAAAUAUUAACGUAAAAUUAUAUUUUUAUAAAAUAAAUUUAUUCUGUGUUGUACAUUUUACGCUAAAAGGUAAACACAUUGUUGUAGCAUAUCAUAUUAUAUAGGUACUAUUAAUAUUUACAUAUUAAAAAAAAGAGGUAAAACAGAAUUCUAUACCCUUAAAUCAUAAUGAUCAUUAUUUUACUGCUACUAUGUUCUUCUCUUAUAUUGUUAUAUUACUAUAUUCUACAUUAUGAAAAAUUCGUACGACCUAUUAAUAAAAUACCGAGUAUGCCGUCAUAUCCAUUGAUCGGCCAUCUCUUACAUUUCUGGAUGGCUUCACCGGAAGACUUGUGGAAGUUAAUACGUUCAAUGGCUGUGACUUAUUAUCCAAUUUCUAACUUGUGGUUAGGUCCAAUUGCUGCAGUUGGUAUUCGUCAUCCAGAUGAUAUAGAGAAAAUAUUAAGCAGCACAACACAUCAUCUUGCAAAGGGUUAUUUAUAUAAAUAUUUACAUCCUUGGUUGGGAACUGGUCUAUUAACUAGUAAAGGAAUAAAGUGGCAUAAAAGGCGAAAGAUACUGACACCUACAUUUCAUUUUAAUAUAUUAAAACAAUUUGUUGAGAUACUGAUUAAGGAAGGAAAUCAUUUAACACAAUCCUUGAAAAAUUCUGAAGGUUCUACAAUCGAUAACUUGGUGUUCUUUAUCAGUAAACACACGUUGAAUGCAAUAUGUGGUAAAUCAAUAUGUAUGCAUCCCCUUUUUCAUACACACACACACACACACACACACACACACACACACAUUAUAACUUACAGAGUAUUGAGACCGUGGCUAGUUUUCGAUAUAAUAUUUGCAUUAACAUCAAUGGGUAAAAAGCAAAACAGAUGUUUAAAAAUAUUGCAUGGAUUCACGGAAAAAAUUAUCGCAGAGAGAAAAAAAUAUUAUGAAUGCAAUAAAGGUCAUUUAGAAAAUUUUGCUGAUAUAACAGACGAUAAGUUAGACGAAAUAGACGAUAAGCAGGUGAUAGGAGUAAAAAAAAAACGACUUGCUAUGUUGGAUCUUCUGAUAUCGGUGGCUCGUGAUAACGAAAUUAAUGAUUUAGGCAUUAGAGAAGAAGUCGAUACGUUUAUUUUUGAAGGGCAUGAUACUGUAGCGACGGGUUUAACUUUUGCAAUAUUGUUAUUAGCUGAGCACAAAGAUAUUCAGCAACGUGUCAGAGACGAAGUUAAUGCCAUCAUGCAUGCAAAUAAAGGAAAACUUACGAUGUCAGCGUUAAAUGAUAUGUCUUAUUUGGAGAGAUGUUUGAAAGAAUCAUUACGGUUAUAUCCUAGUGUCCCUUAUGUAAUGCGAUCCGUAUCAGAAGAUGUAAAUCUGCACUCAUAUUUGAUACCUUCUGGCACACUACUAUAUAUCGGUAUCCAGGAGGUUCAUAGAGAUUCCAAUUUCUGGCCAAAUCCAGAGGUAUUCGAUCCAGAUAGAUUUUUGCCUGACAAAAUCCAAAAUCGUCAUCCUUAUUCCUACAUACCAUUUAGUGGAGGACCACGAAAUUGUAUAGGACAACGAUUUGCUAUGUUAGAAAUGAAAGCUAUGAUAGCACCGUUGAUAUACAAUUUUUAUUUGGAGCCUGUAGAUUAUUUAAAGGAUCUUCGUUUCAAGGUGGACAUUAUAAAUCGUACUGUAGAUCCUAUCCGAAUACGAUAUAUUCCAGUCGAUCAAACGCAAUCGACUUUAUAACAUUUAAUACCAGAUAAUUUUAUUAAAUAAGAGGAAAUUAAUUUUCUUUAAAUCUCUUAAUAUAAAAAACUUAUUCGAAUUGUUGUAUUUUAUUAAAUAAUACAUGUAUCUAUGUA